UUUUUUCUUUCUGUUUAAGUAAUUUUUUUUUUUCUGGACUAAUUAAGUUUUCUCCGCACAUAUAAAUACGGAUCUCGUAGCGCGCAAUUGUUAAUUUAUUAUUGAAUUCACAAUGUCAUCUCCGGCCGAAUUUUAUAAGUCACUUCCACCUAUAAGCAAGGCUUAUGGGACUGCUUGUCUCUUGCUUACAACUGCAUGUCAAUUGGGAUUAUGCCAUCCUGUUCAUAUAGCACUAUUAUAUGAGCCCCUGAUCUCUCAUUUUCAGGUCUGGCGAUUGAUUACAAAUUUCCUCUUUCUGGGAAACUUUUCUAUUAAUUUUGGAAUUCGCCUCUUAAUGAUAGCGAGAUAUGGGGUGCAACUGGAAAAUGGACCAUUUCAAAGACGUACUGCAGAUUUUCUAUGGAUGAUGAUAUUUGGAGCUUUCACAUUAUUGGUCUUAUCCGCAAUCCCCUUCUUCAGUUCUCCGUUCUUGGGCAUAUCGCUGGUUUUCAUGCUUCUAUAUGUCUGGAGUAGAGAAUUUCCAGAUGCCAAUAUCAACAUUUAUGGUCUUGUAACUCUGAAGGCAUUCUAUUUGCCAUGGGCCAUGCUCUGUUUAGAUGUUAUUUUUGGUUCAUCAAUCAUGCCAGACCUGCUGGGGAUCAUUGCUGGACAUCUGUAUUACUUCUUAACCGUAUUGCAUCCACUUGCCACUGGGAGGAACUUUUUGAAGACGCCAAUGUGGGUGUAUCCUUUUGAUUGCAGUUGAUUCUUUUUAUAUGAUACUGUGCUGCUGCUGUUCUGUUAUGCCCCUUACUAUUCUAUAUUUAUUUGAUUUCUACCAAGAGAAUCAUAGUAAAG